AUGGGAUCUCGCAAUGUCGCUGAAAUCAACGCCACCGAGUUCGACAUUGAGAACGUGACUGUUUACAAGGACAGAGCGGCGGUCAGAAGACGUUUUCCCGUUGACUUUGAGGCAGGUCAGAAUGAAAUCGUGAUCAGCCCCUUGUCCUCUUUCCUUGAGCAAGAUUCCCUUCGAGUCGAGACUGAAACUCCGCAUCCCAACCAGAACCUGUCUGUCUUCGACGUCGUGGAGAGCUACAAAGACAUUGACACUGGCGAAAAACCCGAAGCUGACCAGUCCCUUGUUGGACUUCGAAAAGAGCGUAACAGUCUCAAUGCUCAUUUUUCCGCUUUGGAGAAGCAAGGCGACAUCCUUUCUUCCUACGCAAACAGUUUCGACAGCAAAACCACAAGUACCGAGCGAUUGACCGACUUUCUCGAUCGCUAUGUUGACCUGGAAAGGACUCGGAACCAGGAAUUGGAUACCAUUAGUUGUCGUCUUAAAGAAGUUGCCGAGGAGAUUGCGAAGAAAGAGGCAAAGAAGAAUGCGGGAGCAAAUGAAUCGAACAAGGUGAAGAGGGUAACAGUUAUCGUGUCGGCUGAUGAAAAAGGCUCAGCUGAGAUCAUAUUGUCAUACAUUGUCAAAGGCGCCUCCUGGUUUAGCUACUAUGAUAUCCGUGCCACGAUAAAUCCCUCAUCCCCUCCCUACGCCACAGAGAAAACUGCUUUGCGGGACAUAGUAUCUUUGCAGUAUCGGGCUUCGAUCCGGCAGAUGACGGGCGAGAAUUGGAACAAUGUUGCUCUCACUUUAAGCACCGCAUCUCCAAUGUUAGGGACCGCUGUGCCUCAGCUCCAGCCCUGGUUCAUUGGACCGAGCGUUUUUCCAAUGUUCCAGACGCAACACGUCCAACCGUUUGCCUACUUUGGCUCCAACAAUCUAAUGUCGACUAAUAUGCCAACGUCACCCCCCAGCAGGGCCGCAGUGUUUGGUAGCACGAAUCGCGCCGUCUCGGCGAACGAAGGUGCUGUCAGCUCUACUUUCGAUGUUACAGGGAAAUCAAACAUCCCAAGCGACGAUUCUUAUCAUAAGGUUUUCAUUGCUAGCCUGGAUCUGGUGGCUGAACUGGAAUGGAUCACUAUACCUCGAAAAACACCCGUUGCCAUUCUCCGGUGCAAAGUCUGGAACACUAGCAAUUUCUACCUCCUUUCCGGCAGUACUAGCGUUUUUCUUGACGGGACUUUCGUCACGAGAUCACGCAUUCCCGACGUCCCCGCCCAAGAUACCUUCUCCUGCUCCUUGGGUAUCGAUCCCUCCGUACGAAUCACCUGCCACCCGCAACGUAAGGUAGUUAAAACGGUCGAUACCUCCUCGAUAUUCGUCACCUCCGCUCAGAGGGAGAAGAACAAAUUUCAGAUUACAACCUUUUCUCAACGGAUCACGAUCAAGAACACCCGUACGACCAAGAUAAGGAGGCUUAUUGUCAGAGAUCAAGUCCCACUUAGCGAGGACGAAAGAAUCAAAGUCACCUUGAUCAAUCCCCCAGACAGCGUCGUGGGAUCGCCCUUUGAGUCGUUGAAAGUUGAUGAUGGAGCAGCGACCAAAUCCAUUUCCAAGGCCAAGGAUAAGGAGCCGCAAUACACGUCGACUGAUAUCGUGCCCCGUUGGACACAGAAGAACGGAGAUAGCGGUGGCCCGAAGGAAGAUGGGAUUCUGGAAUGGAUUUGCUUGGACAUUCCGCCUUGUUCGGGCCCGCACGUCUCUUCAUCCAAAGGGGAUGCAAAGCCUGGAGUGGUCAACAUUGAGCUGGAAUACGAGAUCACUGCUCCUCUGGAUGUUAAAUGGGAUACCAUCCGCAAAGCUUGA